GGCCCGCACUAUGGAGGAGGAGGCGGCGGCUCCGGCCCCGCGCUACUCUAUAGUCCUCCUCCUGGCGGCGGCAGCUGUGGCGGAGGCCGCCGUGGGGCUGGUCCCUGGCACUUCGGGUGCCUUAUGUUGUUAUCAUGCAAAGGAUAAUCUAAUGUGCCGUGAUGUUUGUGAACAGAUUUUAUCAUCAAAAAGUGAAUCCCGUCUAAGACACCUUUUACAGAGAGCACCAAGCUAUUGCCCAGAAUCAAUGGUUGACGUUUGGAAUUGUAUGAACUCUUCUUUACCAGGUGUUUUUAAGAAGUCUGAUGGCUGGGUUGGCUUAGGCUGUUGUGAACUGGCUAUUGUUUUGGAAUGUCGACAGGCAUGCAAACAGGCUUCUUCUAAGAAUGAUAUUUCCAAAGUCUGCAGAAAAGAAUAUGAGGAAGUCUGCCAAUAUGUGUUGAUGGAGGACGGGAGAGGAAAGAAUGCCCUUUUCAGUUGCAUUAGCCGAAAUGAAAUGGGCUCAGUUUGUUGUAGUUAUGCUGGUCAUCACACAAACUGCCGGGAAUACUGUCAAGCCAUUUUUCGAACAGAUUCUUCUCCUGGUCCAUCUCAGAUCAAAGCAGUCGAAAGUUAUUGUGCAUCUAUUAGCCCACAGUUAAUACACUGUGUGAACAACUACACCCAGUCUUAUCCAAUGAGGAAUCCAACAGAUAGUUUAUAUUGCUGUGACAGAGCUGAAGACUAUGCCUGCCAAAAUGCUUGCAAGAGAAUUCUUAUGUCAAUGAAGACAGAACUUGAAAUAGUUGAUGGACUCAUAGAAGGUUGUAAAACAAUGCCUCUGCCACAGGAUCCACUCUGGCAAUGUUUUCUUGAAAGCUCAAGGUCUGUUCACCCCGGUGUCACUGUAUAUCCACCUCCUUCAACAGGUCUUGAUGGAGCCAAAUUACAUUGCUGUUCUAAAGCAAAUACUUCCACGUGUAGGGAGCUGUGCACUAAGCUUUAUAGCAUGAGCUGGGGCAAUACACAGAGUUGGCAAGAGUUUGAUCGAUUUUGUGAAUAUAAUCCAGUAGAAGUUUCCAUGCUGACCUGUUUAGCAGAUGUUCGAGAGCCAUGUCAGUUGGGCUGUAGAAACCUUUCUUACUGCACUAAUUUUAACAACAGGCCAACGGAGCUUUUCAGGAGCUGUAAUGCACAGUCAGACCAAGGGGCCAUGAAUGAUAUGAAGCUAUGGGAAAAAGGAAGCAUAAAAAUGCCAUUUAUAAACAUACCUGUUCUGGACAUUAAAAAAUGUCAGCCUGAAAUGUGGAAAGCAAUUGCUUGCUCCCUGCAGAUUAAACCUUGUCACAGUAAAUCCAGGGGAAGUAUUAUUUGCAAAUCUGAUUGUAUAGAGAUUCUCAAGAAAUGUGGAGAUCAAAAUAAGUUUCCUGAAGACCACACAGCUGAAAGCAUUUGUGAGCUCCUGUCUCCUACAGAUGACUUGGAGAACUGUAUACCUCUAGAUACAUAUCUUAGGCCAAGUUCCUUAGACAGCAUUGUGGAAGAUGUAACUCAUCCCUGUAACCCAAACCCUUGUUCUGCUAAUGAAUUAUGUGAAGUGAAUAGAAAAGGAUGUCAGUCUGGUGAUCCAUGUCUUCCUUAUGUUUGUGUUCAAGGUUGCAAAUUAGGAGAAGCUUCAGAUUUCAUUGUCCGGCAAGGAACACUUAUCCAGGUACCAUCAUCUUCAGGAGAAGUUGGUUGUUAUAAAAUUUGUACUUGUGGACAAAGUGGACUGUUAGAAAACUGUAUGGAAAUGCAUUGUGUAGACCUGCAGAAGUCUUGUAUUGUUGGAGGGAAAAGAAAAAGCCACGGAACAUCUUUUAACAUAGACUGCAAUGUCUGUUCCUGUUUUGCUGGCAACUUGAUAUGCUCUACUCGCCUGUGCCUAAAUGAACACAGCUCAGAGGAUGAUCGCCACACAUUUACAGGUCUACCCUGUAACUGUGCAGAUCAGUUUGUCCCAGUGUGUGGACAGAAUGGACGCACUUAUCCAAGUGCAUGCAUUGCACGAUGUGUUGGACUUCAGGACCAUCAAUUUGAAUUUGGAUCAUGUGUCUCUAAGGAUCCAUGUCAUCCUAAUCCCUGUCAAAAAUCUCAAAGAUGCAUACCAAAACCUCAGGUUUGCCUGACCACUUUUGAUAAAUUUGGGUGUAACCAGUAUGAAUGUGUGCCUCGACAACUCAACUGUGACCAGAUUCGGGAUCCCGUUUGUGACACAGACAAUGUAGAACACAACAACCUGUGCACUUUAUACCAAAGAGGAAAAAAUGUGUCUUACAAAGGUCCAUGUCAGCCCUUUUGCAAAUCAGCAAAACCCGUUUGUGGACACAAUGGUGAAACCUACAGUAAUGUAUGUGCUGCCUACUCUGAUCGGGUGGCAGUGGACUACUCUGGCCCCUGUCAGGCUGUAGGAGCUCUCUCUGAGUACGGCUCUUUCACAGAGUGUGCUGCAGUCAAAUGUCCUCCUCUCCCAACAACUGGAUGCAAACCAGUCAUCUCACCUGGUGCGUGUUGUCCAUUGUGUGCAGGGAUGUUAAGAGUUUUAUUUGACAAGGAAAAGUUGGAUACAAUUGCUAAGGUAACAACCAAAAAACCCAUAACUGUUCUGGAAAUACUUGAAAAAAUUCGCUUGCACAUUUCAGUUCCACAGUGUGAUGUAUUUGGCUACUUAAGCAUUGAAUCAGAAAUAGUGAUUCUGAUCAUUCCUGUUGAUCAUCAUCCAAAAGCAUUACAGAUCGAGGCUUGCAAUAAAGAAGCAGAAAAGAUUGAGUCACUGAUCAAUUCUGAUAGCCCAACUCUGGCAUCACAUGUUCCACUUUCAGCACUUAUCAUCUCCCGGGUGCAAGUUUCAAGUAGCCUUCCAUCUGCUAGCACAAAAAUUCUGCCUCUCAAUUGUCCCUUUUUCCUCAGCCUUGUACUUGCCUUAGUCGUUUUGUAUUGCACAUAACUGCUUACAAAAUGUGCAAAAUGAAUCCUCCGUGAUAGGUUUCUUUAUUGUAAAAGACAUUCAGGACUGAUAGCGUUUAUUAUGGCAAUCACCAAGUUAAAAGCACAUGUCACUUCAAUAAUUUACCACACAGUAUUUUUCUUUUUUUAAGUAAUAUUUUUCAUUAUCAAAUCUUUUACAUUUUUUACACUUAUGAGAUAGAAAAUGGGUCUUCAAAAUAACAUUUUAAAAACUAGAUCUUUGACAUUUCAUUACUACAUGAACUUGAUCUGAAAUUUGCUUAGAGAUGUGCUCUACCAUUGGGAAAAUCAGUCUAUCUGGUGAAUGGGAAGCUGUUACCCACCUUAAGGAUGGUUUGGGGUUUUUUUUGUUUUGCUUUAUAAAAGGAUUCACUUCAUGGAAGGAUUCCUUGCUGGGUUCCUUUAAUAGGAAAGUUCCCCCAGUGUUUUUCAGUAUUUGUUUACAUAUCAGCUACUUGAACCAGAAGCUUAGAUACAAAGAAAUAUAGUGUUACUAAAGUCACUGCCAACAGAAAUGAAAAUGAAAUAUUUCUGAAAUGAUCAUGUUAAGUCAGUGGAAAAUGUGAGACUCUAAAAAAAUUCAAUUGACAGCUAUACAAGAACAUAUCUAUUAAUUUAAUAACAAGAUACCCUUCUAUAGUUAAGUGUCUCAUUAUAUCCUAUAGCUAGGUAUGUCACUGACAUGUUUCUGACUUUUGUGAAAGGGAAGUCCUGUAAAGUACAUAAAAGUAAGAUUUUUUUUAAGCAAUAAAGAAAGCAUCCUGCCUCAUGCAAUUUCAUAUGACUCAAACCUAAUUUGGGUGGAACAGUCAACUGAACCGACAGGGUUUUUAAACGUCAGUCUUAAAACAAACUGCUGCUACUUAAAUAAUUGCCAAAAAGUGAAGUAAUUAAUUUUUUGUGUAAAUAAUACAUGAUCCUUAUAUUCCUUAUAUUUUAUUAUGAAGAAAACUAAUAGCCAUGUUUUUUAAGAUGACAAUCACAAAUGUUUAUCCGGUACUUUUUUUUCCAUGAAGAUGCAUUCUGUCUUUAUAGUAUGUCCACUGUAGAUACUAUGUGUUAUGCCUUAUUCUUGUUGCAAAAUUUUUAAAAAUUGUUUUUAUAUAUAAACAUAUAUGUAUAGAUGUUAUUCUAAAUAUUAAAAUGUCUUGCAUGUUGUUUAUUGAAUUUUACACUUUAUAUGUUUAAAUAUCUGAAAUAAGCUAUACAAUUUAAUACUUAUUUUAUGCACCUGAAUUUAGAUUCCACAUGAAGUAUUUUUUUUCAGUAUUAGCCAACUAUUGAAGAAUAUAUGGACAUAAUUAUUUUUUUGCCAAAAUGAUGUUUAAAGUAGGCACUUUGGGAAUAUCCAUAUGCUAAUGUAGCAUGUUUGUGUAACACUUGCUCUUGUCUGUAUAAAUGUCUUCAAUGCAAUGUACU